AUGUUUAAGCGACACGAAAAGCCAAGCGUGGCGCUGCAGCGCGCUGCAGCUCAGCAUGGACUUCGUCUCUUCUAUGUCAAGUACUAUGGGCACGAGGAAGUGCCCGAUGCGCGCGGCAACAGCGUGGUCGACUUUGCCCUUCAUAGCAUCCUCACCACCAAGACCUAUCGAAAAUCCCAGGGCUGGCACCCACCCCAAGUGGAGCUCUCUGUUGGCACGCGUGGUGUCAAGGUCACGGAUCGCACGACCGGCACCGUCUUUUUGGAUCUGCCGCUCCGCAACAUCAGCUACUGCCAAGAUGAUCGCCGAGGCAACAACAUCUUCUGCUUCAUUGCCAAGGAGGAGCUGUCCUCGCCCAAGCGAUGCUAUGCGUUCAAGUCUUAUAAUCAGGCCGCUGAGAUUAUGCACGUCAUUGGCGAUGCCUUCAAGCGGGCGGCGCAGGAACAUGGGCAGAACGGUGGCUCUGGCAAUGGUUCGACAUCGAGCUCGCGCUUUGGUGCUGCCGGUCGCGCUCAAAGUGACAACGAGGUCGAGCGCCUCAAGCGACAACUGCAGGAGAAGGAGGAGGAGACUCGUCGCCUCAAACAACAACUCACCGCCUCUCAGCGACGACCCAAACAACAAUUUGUCGCUCGCCAACAGCCCAUACGCCCGCGCGCGUGGUGCACCGCCACCGACUUCCAUCGCCACCUCAAGCCAGAUCAACCCAUCAACUCGAUUCGCCGCAUUGGCACCAACCCCAAAAAAUCGCCUACACCCAAGACUUCAGUCAAGGCCAAGGACGACAACGAGGAUGCCUUUGACGACGACUUUGGCGCCCUGGCUUCGGCUCGACUCAAUACCAGCAGCGCUGCGAACUCGCCUGCACCUUCGUCCAACGGUGCCGCACCGGCCUCCUUCACCAUGAGCCAGCCCGAGCUCGUGCCAGAGCCGGAUGCUGAGCCCGAGGAGGAGCAGGCUUCCACUGCAAGCCCCGGGGUGGCUUCAGAGCCGGAGGCAUCGCCCGACUCGAGCGACGAGGAGGAUGAGGCUCAGUUGGUGGAGCGUAUCAACAAUAACCUGGAUUUGGGUGAUGGCGGUGCCGAGGCCGAGGCGGAGCCGGAGGAGGCCGCGGAAGAAGAGGAGGAUGAUGCUGAGGUUUCUAAGCUGGUGCGGCUCUGCCAGCAUGUGUGGACGCUGGCGACGCCCGACGAGGACGGUAUGCUGGAUGGCCAGCAGAUGCGGCCCUUGAUGAUGAUGUCUGGCCUGCCCAUGGAGACGCUCGGCACCGUCUGGAGCAUCAUUGAUACGGAACAGCUGGGCAAGGCACAGCGUGAGGAGGAACUGGACCCCGAGGCCGUGGGACCGGCAACGCCGGCCCCGCUCCUGAAGGGUCUCAAGCCGAUUGAUGAUGACGAAGAGGACGACGAGUAA